AACGAGGAAGCCAUUCUCUAGGGAUUAGUUCAAAUUACUGCCUUUUUCUAUUCAACAUCGUUCUCUUUGCUACUUAGUCUACCGAUACUACGAUUUAUGAAGACAUGGCCUUCCUCGAUUUCUUCAAGUCCUCCAAGAGAGACUCAGUCUCGGACUCCGGCUCCCAGCAGAAAGAGCCUACUUGGGACGCUGAUACCGUGACUGUGAAGCAGCCUGUUAGUCCGGAGGCUCCUUCUACUGGUAAUAACCAGGUGGAGGAGCCCCUGAUGCAGAAAGAAACCAAACUUCAGCUGCGAGGCGGUGGUGCCGGCGACGUGUGCUGUGGAAUGUGUACUGGUCUUCUCUGCUUUGAGUGUUGUGAAGAGUGUUGUUAGGAUCGGGAUUUGGAAUAUAGGAAUUUUGUUUUGUCGAUGUCAUGUUUAUUAGGAGGUAGGAGGGCAAGAGUUUGGCUGUGGUUGGGGAGAUAUUCUCUGGUAUUUUGCUGCUGGAAGCCCGGAGGGAGUGUAGUCUUGCCGUAUUGGUAGUGACAUCUACAUGUUGAUUGAG